AGCCCCGCCCCUCCGCGCGUACCGAGCCGGAUCUAUUUUUCGUGGCGGAGGGAGGUAGUUGGUCUCUGAGAGACAGCAAGUGCAAUAACUGUGGAAGAUCCCGACGGGGACGACGGCAGCGGCGACGACAGCGGCCGCGCCCGUGCCCGGGGUUGAGGCACGGCUUGGCCCCGGGGCUCCGGGGUGAUCAGGUGCUUCCCCAUCUAUGUCUCCUGAGCAUCUGGUGAACAUUACUUGCAGCCAUGCAUUCCCUGGUGUUCCUGUGUGCCCGUCAGGUGAUCCAGGACCAGGUCUUUGCAUGCCAGGCCCUGGCAUUCCUGCCCCAGGAGCUAUAUGCAGUCCUAUUCAAGGCAGCCUUCUUAGACAGAAAAACAUUGGUGCUGCAGAAGCUGGUACAGAUGUGGCCUUUCCCUCUCCUUAGCUUCCAGCAGCUACUGCGCGAAAAUUCAGAUUGCCGCCGGAUUCCACUACAGGAAAGGCCAACAAAGGAGAGUGUACAGGCUGUGAUCCUGGGGCUCUCUGCACGACUAAGGGAGCCACCCCCCCGCAGGAAGCUGCAGUUGCAGUUGUUGGACAUGACAGGAAUUCUGGAUUCUGGCUAUGAGGAAGACCUCACAACCAUGACCAUGUGGUCCCGCACUGUGUCUGUGAUCCAGACCUGCAUCAUGGGUCAGCUAAACAAAUCGUUAAGACAGAGACGUCGACGGGCCAAGCGCAAGAAGGCAGUACCACCCAUCUAUACUCCUACCCCUAUUGAGGUUCGAGUAGAUCUUCGGGUAACCCACAGCUCCUAUGGGUUUCUAAAGGAUACUUUACAGACAAGUGCUUUUAGCCCUCUGCGCCUUUGUUGUCGAGAUUUCCGGGCUGAAGAACUCCCUCUGAAUAGCACUGUGGAUAUGUUGGAGUUACUGGAUCCCAUGCACUUGCGCCGAGUGGACCUGUGCUUCAAUAGCCUGGAGUUAUCUGGUCUUUGUGAACUCAUGGCCUCUGUCGUGAAGUUCACCAACUUGCUGAGCCUUAAACUACAGUACAGCUACGUGGACCUAUGGCAGCUCUCAACUGAGGCAGAAGACAGCUUCCGUUUAUUUAUCUCUGAGCUUAAUAAGUUGAACUGCCUCAAAGAGCUCAAUAUGGGUUCCUCUUGCCUUUCUGGUCGGCUGUCUCAGUUGCUCAGCAGCCUACAGGGUCCCCUGGAAAGCCUGGAACUGGCCUUCUGCUAUCUCCUCCCCACAGACUUGAGGUACUUGGCCCAAAGCCCACAUGCCACCCACCUUAAGAAGUUGGACCUCAGUGGCAACAACCUUUCAGGUGCCCUCCUGGGCCCUUUUCAGGCUGUGCUGAAGGCAGUCUCCACCUCUUUGAAGCUCCUGAAUGUGACCGAGUGUGAGCUCAUGGACACCCAUCUUAUCUCCACCUUACCAAGUCUGUGCCGCUGUGUCCAUCUCCACUACCUUGGUCUCUAUGGCAAUCCCCUCUCUACCUCUGGACUCAAAACCCUAUUGCUUCGGUCAGAGGUACUGCCUGAGCUCCAGCUGGUGGUAUAUCCAUUUCCUGUGGACUGCUAUGAGAUUUUGCCAUGGCCACCCCCUGCUGCUAUCCUCCUGGAUGAGGAGAAGUUUGCUCAUGUCCAGGCUGAAUUACGCCAGAUGUUACUGUCAGCUGACCGAGCUAAUGUGCUGUGGACCACUGAUGUCUAUGGUCCUAACAUGCCUGACUACUUUAGCUUAUAACUGGUGGGCUGCCUGCCAGGGAUGGAGAGGACCUCAUAGCCAUCCAUUUUUCCUGGACUUGAGAGGAGAUUGCCGGUAGCUCCUGUACUGACUCUUAAUGGGGCACACAAGGAGUCUUGAGGCCUUCUCUCCUGUUGCUUGUCAUCUUUAAAUACUAGGAAUUCUAGCUUGUCUAGCAGAGGCAUGGAGCUAACUUUAUAGUUUGGGAGUGGGAGGGAUUGGGGAGGGUAUGUCUGUUGGAGUAAUAUUUACGAGAACACACCACGCUUAUGAGACCCCAGGAGAGCUAGGUUACCUUCUAGUAUAUCAUAUAUCAAAAGUGGGUCAGAGGGACUUACAGAGUCCUGUCAAUGACGCCAGAUAAACCAGGCCAGGUGUUCAGAAAAGGUUGUCUUUACAUAUGUCUGGUUUACUCUCUAUAUCAGUCCCAAGGGAGUGAAGAGAGCCUUCAUAUUUCUCUACUUUAUAAGGCUUAUUCUUAUGUCCUCAGGACAUACUGGGCUGAUUUAGCCCAGAUGAGCACUUAAAGUCCUAUUAUAGUGCUCAGUUGAUGGUUGAGUAUACCAAGGAGACUCAUGAGUUUUCUCUGGCCAGUAUGAAAUACUGGUGUUAGGGUUUGGUUUCAGAGUCCCUUAGAAUCUAACUCUAGCCAUCCAGUGGGCUCAACGUGCUUACUUAGUUCUGACCCAUAGUGACGUUUUUUGUGGAUAAAUAACUAAUAUAAACAAGUAGCAUGGACUUUCUUAGUAUUGCCCAUUAAAUUCUGUGGUUGGACAUUUAGGUGUUUGGGGAUAUUUGAAUUGACCAAUCAAACCAUGAGUGUAGUCCCAGAGUAGAAGUCUCUUUGUCUUCUUUGAUAAUACUAUCUUUAGAUUGAGUGAGGUCCCCCUAUGUUUUUUGAUGUUUUCUUUUUGAUAUAUAUUUCCUGUUGUAUCUUCCAGGUGAUUGUGUAGGAGCUGGAAAGUUCUCCAAAUGGAUUCCCUAUUGUCUUUUCCCAGGUUGUUGUUUGAGUUCUUGUUCAUUUUAGGGGAGAGUGUCUAAGUAGUCCAUAUUUAAGGUUGGUUCCUCAUGGGGGUAACUUCGCAUAGCACAGGGACUAGAUGUGAGUCACCCUUCUUGCCUGAAGUUAUCCUUAAAUGUAUGCCACCUUUUCAUUUAAGAGGGGUUCUAUUCUACCAAGGUGGAAUAGGGGACCACUGUAGUGAAAAUCAGGUUCUCUGGUUUCUUUGUAUUCUUCAUAUAACAUCCUUUGACGCAUUACAUACUACAGCAUUAUACAAAUUACAAAGCUUAAUUCCAAUAAAAUCCAAACAAAUUUCUUAUUGUUUGGAUUUGAUUCUGCAGAGCCAGUAGCUUGGCCACCGUUUGGUACAGAUCCAGAAGGCUUUGUUUGAAUGGAAGUGCUCCUUUGGUUGCUAUAGGGAGUGUCCCGUUUCUUGAAGGAACAUUAAUGCUUGACAAGUAACGUUAGAUAAGAUCUGCAUCUCCUGCUGUGCUUUCAAGGGGUAUACUUCUAUUGCUUAUGCCUUCUACAUUUGUAUAUAUGUAUAUCCCUUGACAAUUACAGCAGAUUCCCUGAGUGAAAGUAAGUGAUAAAGAUAAUAACAAAAAUAAACCGGCUUGGAUUUUAUAUCCAGAAAGCAGUUCAGUGAUUAACAAUAAAAUAUAUUUAUACAUACAUAUACACCUCUUCUUACUCUAGCAUGGUUCACAUUUCUUGUAGUCCUUUUUUUAAUCUCAAAAGCAUACUUUUAACUCUAAACAAGUGAGAAGUCUUGAAUGGUUUUAGAGCCAAAUUAGUCUCCAAGUUAUUCCACUUCUAGUAUAACAGUGCACAAUCCACAUAAGUAGCAGAUACAUCAGUCAGCAGAAUAUUUUCUUGUACUUUAAACUCUCACCUUGCAUAUAAAACCAUAUUUUCAUACCUUUGGACACAUGUAUACAUUUAAAAUUUACUUGAAUAAUAGGUUAUUUUUCAAGACAUUCAAACUACUAAUUUUCCUGAAGGGAGGAGUCACAAAUAUGACUAUAUUUGGUUCCUGUGCAGAGUUAUUGUUAAUUCUUCCAAAUGCUUAAAGUUCUCUCAGUACCUAUGAAAUGAAUUCAAACAUUAAUACUUCUUCAGGUAAAAAGUUAAAAAACUAAUUUUCCUGACUGUUACUCUUUCAUACAGCCAGGAAUAAUGGGUGGAUUUCUAACAUUUCCUUGUUUGUCUGUUUGCUUCUUUGUGCUGGGGUUAAUUUCUGAACUAAAGGUUAUAGACACUAACAUUCUCAAGAUUAUAUCUUUACCCUCAUUAUCUGUGGCUGGUAUGGUACAUAUAGUCCUGCUGCUGGUUCAUUUUUAAUAUUUUAGUUGGCAUUGUUUUUCUGAUUCUAAAUUCUUAAUCUCUUUAAAGCCUAAUUUCAGGGGAACUGACAUGAAUGAUUCUGCUAGAACUAAGAGCCUUUGUUAUCCAAGGAGUAGACGCAGGGUAGGGGUUCUUAACAUUUUGUGUCAUGGACCCUCUUGGUGCUGAUGAAGCCAGUGGAUCCCUUCACAGAAUAAUAUUUUUAAAUGCCGAGUAAAAUACUCUGAUUACAAAGAAAUCUAAUUAUAUUGAAAUUCACUUUUAAAAUUUUUUUUUAAGCAAGUUCCUGGAUUCCUAGGUUAAAGGAGACAUUGGGCCACCAACUUGUGCUGUGGUUUAGCUAUGGAGGGGUAUGGGUGACAAAGUGUCUGCUACUGAUAACCCAGGAAAUUAUGUGCCUAAAUUCAUUGUAGUUUUUCUACCCCAAGGGGUUCAUACCUUUUUGAUAGAUUUAGUUGAGUUAGACACAUGUGUGUCAUGACGCAGGGUUAUUAUGAGAGCUUUGAAUUUUCUUAGGGAUCCACAGAGAAGGAAUUUUUUUAUGCUAACAAUAGAAUGGACUUUAACACAGGAGUUAUCUAUAAUUUUUAAGGGGUCUUGCUUCAGAAGAUUGGCCCAAGCUCAUGAAAAGGCAAAUCAGUAGGAAAGGUCAGUACUUCAUUCCUCUCUUGAAAUAUGCUAACCUACGAAUAGGCUAGGAACAGAGUAAACUGCCUUUUGAACUAAGGGGUCAAAUCUUAGAACCUUAGAAAUGGGAACCUUUGAAAGUGGGAACCUUAGAAAUUGUCUAGUCCAGGGGUGAGGAACCUGUGGUCUCAAGGCCCCAUGUGGCCCCCUAGGUCCUCAGGUGUGGCCCUUUGACUGAAUCCAAACUUCACAAAACAGAUCCCUUAAUUUUGUUCUGUAAAACUUGAGACUCAGUCAAAAAGCUUCACCCGAGGACCCAGAAUGCCACAUGUGGCCCCAAGGCCUCAGGUUCCCCACCCCUGGUCUAGUCCAACCUGCUGAUGUUACACAUUAGGAAACUAAAAGCCAGAGAAGUUACAGAGCUGGAGUUCAAACCUUUAUUUUCUGAUCCCCAAUUCAUACAUUUCCUGUGAAUACUAUGCAGUCUGUUUUUCCUAUUGAGAUAUAAUGGUGAUUUUAUCUCUUAGAUAUCUCUUGGUGUAGGAGCAUUAUUAAUACAGUUGCUGGGGGUUUAGAGUAGAGUUUGGUGGGAAAGGUAAUCAUGUUCACUGCGAUAAGAGGAUGCAGUGUUCUGAGUCUUAGUGGCAGUGAAGGGUAUCUUGGGUUUUUUUGCUUUCUUUUAAAUUAAGGGACUCCCAGGAAGUAAAUGGGGAUAAAGAACUGCUAUUUUCACCUCAUAGGGGAAGUAAAAGAGACUAGAUGUUAAUUUCCUGUCUUCUGAAGAUUUCAGGGAAGGUAGCAAGACAAAAAGUAGCAUGAGGUGUCUAGCCUAGAUAAAAACCACAAUAAGAAAUGAAAAUGUUGGAAACAAACAUAACCAGAAUAUUUAAAAUCGACUUGAAUGUAAAAAAGAAAUGGUAGUGGUUGGUCAGGGCACAAUUUAAAAAAUUCUCCUCUUCAAAAAAGAACAUCAAAGUGCCAAGCGCAUGAUGGAGGAAAUGCUACGAAGGCUGGAACAAAACUCACUUGGUAAAUGAUGAAGGACAAUGAAAGAAGACAAGAAUUUUUUAAAAGGCCGAAAGGGAGAAAGAGGACAAAUUCAAGAAAUUUUACUGGAUAGUUCUGGAUCUUUAGCAAUAAAGACUAGGAUAAUAGGGGAUCGAAUUUGGCAUUGAGAAUAAUAGGAUUAAAGGUUGAUAAAAGCUGGGUCCAGUACUUGGAACAAGUAUUUCCAAGAUUAAAGUAGGGCUCAGAUGGACCUUGAGCUUUUUGUUCUAGGGUUUCUAGGUUCUAACUGGGCCAGUGUAGAAGCAGGGUGAGUAUAGAACGUUAACCUUGAGAUGGUUUUCAGAGAAUUAAGAAAAUUUUUCCAUAUCUGAAACAAAACCAGCUUUAGAAAGUGAAAGAAUUCAUUAGCUCUCAUUUAGGAAGAAACCGUACCAAAAGACUCCAUGGCACAUAGAGGUGAAAUUCCCAAACUCAGAUAAAGGAAAAUUUCUCCAAGCAACAACAACAAAAAAAAGUAUAUACAGCGUGUUUCAGAAGUCUUAAGUGAAGUUUAAAGCUGUGAUAAUAUGAAGCUUUAGUGCUUUAGCAGUAUAUUUAAAACUUUUGGCAUGCCUUCUAUAAAAGUUUCCAUUAGGUUACAACCUCUAAUUUUGUAUAUAUGUUAUAUGAGAUGAAAGAAAAAGCUCCCAAACCUCAUAAAACCAAAACAUGAGGUAAGAUCUGAGGGUAAAUUGAGUGCCAAAGAACUAAAUGCCCUUUUCUAAAGUCAGAAAAACAUUCACUAAUAAGUCAUAUAGAAAUCAUUAUGAGAAGCCCAUAAUUCAUUCACAUGGAUCUCUGAAAUGUGUUGGGGCAACAUCGACACUUUAAAAGCAUAACAUGUUAAAUUACUGUGGCCAGAGAGGCUCUUUAUGUUCAAUUAUUAGAAAAUAGAUUAAGGUACACAAUUUUACAUAAGAUAAAAUCAAGCAUGAGUGAUAUAAUUUUAUUUUUAAAAGGGAGACAUCAGUGAAUCGUUAUGUGAAUUUAAGACAAUAACACAAAAAGGGUAUGGAGAAGGAACAAGUAAACAAACUCCAAAGCACAGCCCUAGGUUCCAAUAGAUGGGUCUAAGAUCAUAUAAAUGUACACACCUAGUUAAGAGUACAAUAAAUAAUACAAAUCAUAUGUGGUUUAGACAGGUAUAGGGAAUAGUUGUAGAAGAGAGAGAUUCCUUCUGAUUAUAAAAGCCCUCACUCCAAAAAAUUCAUUUGUAGUUUUCAACAGAAAUAGAUUUUUAAAAGGAUAGAAGAUAUGUCAAAUUUAAUAGUUAUAACAGUGAAUAUAAACAGACUAAAAUUCUGUGAAAGUUUUAUAGCCUGGUUAAAAAUUAAAUGUCAAUAACAUGUCUUCAUGAAACACUUAAAAAAUGGAACAGAUGAUAGUAAUAACUUAUUUCCAUAGUGGUUUAAGACUUAAAGGGCUCUACUUUCACAGCAACCCCAUUUUACAGAUGAAUACAUUGAAGCCCAGAGAAUUUAAGUAACUCAGAGUGCCCAGAGUCACAUCAGUAAGUGUUCUGACUGUAUAUUUACAUAUACAGUUAUUUAUGUAAUGACUACAUAGCUAGCUCUGGCUAGUACUUGAACUCAUGCCUCCUGACUCUUAAGACCAGUGUGUUCUUCAUGAUAUCAUACCACUUUCUAAAAAUCUAUAAUCUAGAUGCUAAUAUAAGAAAAGUAGGAUUAUCCAUUAAAGUAACAUUUAUUUUUUCUGAUUUGAACUCUGUUUUGAGACAGGUGAGAAUGUUAUAUGUGAAAGGCAUAAUGAAUAACAAAAGUAGAAUGAUAGUGAAUGGAUAUGAAUAUGCUAUGUGGAAGAAAAAGUUAACAGCACCACAAGAACAGAGAGCUAAUACUUAGGAGUCUUUCAUCAUCAGAAAAUGACCCACAAAAUAAGUAGAGAAAUCACAUACCUAACAAUGUAAAGAAAACACUAUUGUGUCCUCUUCAGUACUGAAUCUGUUAAUUCCAUCUUAAAUUCACAACCCCAUUUUAUAGGCGAGACUGAGAAAAAAAAUUACAGAACUUUGAAACAUCAGAUAUUACUGUACUAUGUCAGAGAAGUUAAACGAAAAAAAGGACAGAUACUUACUUAACUAUAACAUACCUAGAUUGACCCAGCAGACAAAAAAAAAGUUGAAGGGAUCAGUUAUUGAGAAAAUACCUGGGAAUUAUGAAAUAACUUUGCCCACUGUCUUGCGCAGAAGGACCUUGUAGUUUUUUAAAACAACAAAGAACAAAUAAUACUAAUCACAAUUUUUUUUUCUAAACGUGUUAGUAUCCAGUGCUCAGUUUCUUUUUUGAGGCAGAUACAAUUUUGAUGUUUUGACAGGCUGCAUGAAAUAGUGGAUGACCUGCCUCAGAGCUAAGAACUCCAGGGUUCAAGUCCUGCUUUUGACAUAUGUGGUGUUUGACCUUGGGCAGGUCACUUGACUUCUCAGUGUUUUAGCCAACUCUCUAAGACUGUGAGUUGUAGUGAAAGUGCUAACCUCCUACUGUGAGAAGUUUCUUCAUUAGAUAAUUCUCUAUACUGGUGAAAUCAGAGGUCCAGUUCUUAUCCCUGUGAUUUUAGUCUCAAAAUAAAAGCCAAACUCAACAUCAAGUUAUUCGCCAUGAUGAAAUAAGGUUUAUCCAGAGUUUAGAGAUCUUAAUUUGAAGGGUAAGGAAUGAGACAAUAUCAUUUUAUGUUUGUAAUUUUCCUGAUACUGAACCAGCCUUACAUUCCUGAUAUAAAUCCCACCUGGGCAUAGUAUAAUCUCUUUGAUAUAUUGCUGUGGUCUCCCUACUAGUAUUUUACUUAAAAUUUUUCUAUCAGUAUCCAAAUAUUACUCAUUAGAAAAGCCCUUCCCAUUAAAAACUGGAAGCAAAUACCUACUAGAUAUUACUGUGUGACAAAGUACAAGAAAAACUAGCAAUUGAAAUAAAAUAUGAAAGAGAAAUUGGAGGCACAAACAUUGAAAAGGAAAAGAUAAUCACUGAUAUUAUAAACCUAGAAAAGCUAAGGGAUUUUAUUGAUGACCAAUUAGAGCAAAUUAACAAGUUAUAGGAUACAAUGUACAAAAAUUGUUCAUUUUAUAUGGCAACAAUAGCAGAAGAAUCAAUAAUCUCAUUUACAAUACUAACAAAUAUUAAAUAUUUGGAAAUUCACAAUGAUGAACAAAUGAAAAAUUUAUGUAAGAAACUAUAAAACAAUGAUGAAGGCUUGAAAAAUAGCAGGAAUCUAGUCUAGGGAGCAGGGUUGCAGGGGGAGGGGGAAGGGCGGAGUGAUGCAACUAAUCCAGUUGAUUUGAAGACUUAAUACGAUACUGAUAAUUUAUAUGGAACUGGUUAGUGUGCUUUACUUGGAAAACAACAGGGCAAGGAAAUACAUCCACCAGAGGUUGUACUUGAGGCAAGAUGGAGAGGGAUUCAGAGCCUUUGUAGGCAUUAACAAAAAGUCUAAAAUUACUAUUAAAGCUUGUACUGUGCAAGCUAGAAAAUGGCAUAGAAUAUAGACAAAAGGUAUAGGGUGAACUUACUGAUUUUAAUAGGGAAAGGAAUAAUUCAGUUGCUUUUGAGGAAAGUAAUAAAUAUGGAAGAAAGUAACCUUGGAUCCUUAUAUGAUAUACAGUGAUAAGCUCCACCUAAAUUGAUGAGUUACAUCUUUAAUAAUAUCACUUUUUAAGAAGUUGAAAAGUACAUAAGGAUACUUAUCCUGAAAAUGGAAGACAAAUUCUUGGUAAUCAAAAGAUUAUUUGAAACAAAGUUAUCAGGCUUGACUAUAUAUAAAUAAAACAUGUAUAGCAUAGGACUAAGAAGGGCAACAUCAAGAAAAAUUUUCACCUUGGAUAUGUCAUGAAUUUAUAAGCAUAAUAUCAAGUUCCUAAUCAGCAAAUGGCCAAAAGAUAUGUACAGACAAUUCAUAAGACAGGAAUCCAACAUAGUGAAUGUUUAAAAAAAAUGUAAAGUCUCCAGCAAUUAACAACUUAAAGAUGCCUAUGAUCAUUGUUAAAACAUUUGAAGGAUGGUGAGUUAGGAAGAUUGUUCUUUGUGGUCCCAGAGGGACCAGGAAAAAUGGGUUGAAGUGGUAUUGAGGCAGAUUUAAACCUGUUAUAAGAAAAAAACUCAACAAAUAGAGUUGUCCUGUAGUAGAAGAGAUUAUCUGGGGAGGUAGUGAGUUUCCCAGUGCUGGAGAUCUUCGGCUUGGUGGUCGCAAUUAGGCAAUUAGACUAGAUACUCCAGAAAGUUCUUUCUGAUUCUAUAAUACUACAUCAUUUCCACCAGCUUGGGGGGAACUAUUAAAAAUUCUGAAAACCCAAUGGUGGGAUGGUGAGAAAAAAGUGUUUCUGGCACAGCACAAAUGAAUUUGUGUUUCUGAAGUGCAAAUUGGCAGUGCCCAGCAAGAAUUAUAAACUUGGCCAUGUGACCCAGUGAUCCUAAUAUUGGGAAUAUCCCCCCAAGGAAAUAACUUCUUAAAAAAACCCCUUUGUUUAAAGCUUUAUUUGAAAUAGUGGGAAAACUGGAAAUAGUCUAAAUGUUAAACUGCUGGGGAAUAGAUGGAUUGGGGUUAGGGUCAGGGAGAAAGAACAUGGCACAUCAACAUGAAGGUGACUCUCCCUGCAAUGUAACAAAUACUAAGACUGGAAGUAAGAAAAGUGCAAAAUGGAGUAAUGCCAUAUGAAAAAAAAUCAGAACUGAAGUGCCAUAUUUUAUUUUUUAAUGUGUUGGUCAAAUACCACAUCCAUGGAAGGAGUACAUAGUGUAUGUAUAAGUAUGUGUAGAUAUGUUAAUGUAGAGAAUUUUAAAGCUCAGAAGGAGAGAUAAAGUUGAUAAGUUGCCAUGUCUAUGUGCAUGUUUAAAUAUACUUUUUGUUGUAAAAGUGGAUAGACUCCAAAUAAAAUUUUUGGAAAAAAAAA